AUGUCAAUUGCAGCAAGAACUACAGCGUCAAGUUUGCAAGAAUCUGGAUCGCUAGAAGCAAUAAUCGAAGAAAAAAUAGUCAACCCAAAAGGUAGUGUCUCUAUAAAACGCUACAGUAAGGGUCGAUUUCUCGGUAAAGGAGGAUUUGCUCGUGUAUAUGAAAUCCAAGAUUUGGAAUCCAAAAAAAUACACGCAGCUAAAGUAAUUCCUAAAGCAAAUUUAACUAAAGCCCGAACUCGACAAAAAUUGAUGUCAGAAAUAAAAAUUCAUAGAGGUUUAAAACAUCCAAAUAUUGUAGGAUUUGAACACUUUUUCGAAGACCAUGAAAAUGUGUAUAUUUUACUCGAGCUAUGUAUUAAUCAGACCUUAAAUGAGCUAUUAAGAAGGAGAAAAAGGCUUUCAGAGCUGGAAGUUAUGGUAUAUAUGACACAGACGUUAUCUGCUAUAGAGUAUUUGCAUGAUCACAGAGUAAUUCAUAGAGAUCUCAAGCUAGGAAAUAUGUUUUUAAAUGAAAAAUUAGAAAUCAAGCUUGGAGAUUUUGGAUUAGCAUCAAAGCUAGAGUAUGAUGGCCAGAAAAGAAGGACAAUUUGUGGCACUCCAAACUAUAUCGCUCCUGAAAUAUUGGAGGGAAGGGAUGGACACUCUUAUGAAGUUGACGUUUGGUCCUUUGGGGUUAUUCUUUAUACUUUACUAAUAGGGAAGCCUCCAUUUGAAACAAAUGAUGUAAAAAUGACUUACAAGAAAAUAAGAUCAUGUGCAUAUUCCUUUCCUGAUCAUGUAGCAAUAUCAGCUCAAGCUAAAGAUUUAAUUGAAAAACUGCUGCAGAGUGAUCCUGAAUCAAGGCUAUCAAUCCAAGAUAUUUAUAAACACUCGUUUUUCAAUAUGGGCUUUGAAAUUCCUAAAUUUCUUCCUCCAAGUACUUUAGCAAUACCACCUUCAGAAUCUUUUUUAAAACAGUAUCAGCAAAAGCCUAAGAUGCCACCUUACAAGCCAAGCCACGAUACAGCCCCUGUCAACCAAGAAAGGCAGCCUUUGACCCACAGAAACCCUUCAAACACUCAAAGGCCUUCCUCUUCUUCUUCACAUAAAACUCCAAGCAUAUCAUCUUUAAGUGGAGAAAUAAAAACUCCAUUCGUAAAUAGUUGGGUUGACUAUAGCAGCAAAUACGGCUUAGGCUACACUUUAUCAACUGGAUCUGUAGGAGUUUACUUCAACGAUGCUACAAAAAUAAUCCUUGACCCUACAACUCAAGCUUUUCGCUAUAUUUGCAGAGAUGGAGAAAAGAAGGAUGUUACAAAUUGGCAUACCUUAACUGAUUAUCCACAAACCCUCCAGAAAAAAGUGACACUUUUGCAUCAUUUUAGAAGCUAUUUGGAUAGCGAUAAAGAAAAUCCUGUGUAUUAUCAGUCUGAUGAAUCGCCUUAUGUAAAGAAAUGGAUGAGAACUAGAAGAGCAAUUCUUUUUAGAAUGUCAAAUAAAGUUGUGCAAGUCGUUUUCCAAGACCAUUCAGAGCUGAUUAUUUCGACCCAAGUCCUUACUUAUGUAAAUAAAAGUGGAGUUAAAAAGUCGAUGCCUCUAAGUCAGGCUUCUGAAUGCGGUGAUCUUGAUUUGUGUAAAAGAAUCAAGUAUACAAAGGACAUUUUAAAUCAUAUGAACGACGGAAAACAGAUCGACUAUGAAUAA